AUGUUGGCAUUGGUUGGGGGAGGAGCAGCAGCCACAAAUAUUAAUAUGGAGAAGGAUUUUGAUUCAAAGCUUAGGAUUCAGGACAAUAAUUCAUCUCAUGGUGGUGGUGGUGGGAAUUUUGCACAGAGAUCUAAGAGCUUUGCAUUUAGGGCACCACAAGAGAGUUUCACCAUACAAGACUUUGAAUUGGGCAAGAUCUACGGAGUCGGUUCUUAUUCCAAGGUUGUCAGAGCAAAGAAGAAAGACACUGGAAUUGUGUAUGCCUUGAAGAUUAUGGACAAAAAGUUCAUUACCAAAGAAAAUAAAAUUGCUUAUGUGAAGUUAGAGCGUAUUGUGCUCGAUCAGUUGGAUCAUCCUGGCGUUGUGCGGCUGUACUUUACAUUUCAGGAUAGUUUUUCCCUGUACAUGGCGCUUGAAUCCUGUGAAGGUGGAGAACUUUUUGAUCAAAUAACCAGGAAAGGACGUUUGUUAGAGGACGAAGCUCGCUUUUAUGCUGCUGAAGUUGUAGAUGCUCUUGAAUACAUACAUAAUAUGGGAUUGAUACAUCGGGAUAUUAAGCCAGAGAACCUGCUGCUUAAUGCUGAAGGGCAUAUUAAAAUUGCUGACUUCGGUAGCGUGAAGCCUAUGCAGGAUAGCCGGAUAACAGUCCUUCCGAACGCAGCAUCAGAUGAUAAGGCUUGUACCUUUGUGGGGACAGCUGCUUAUGUCCCUCCAGAAGUCUUAAAUUCUUCUCCCGCAACUUUUGGAAAUGACCUCUGGGCACUUGGCUGCACCUUGUAUCAGAUGCUUUCAGGAACUUCACCCUUUAAAGAUGCAAGUGAAUGGCUCAUUUUCCAAAGAAUCAUUGCCAGAGAUAUUAGAUUUCCAAACUAUUUCUCAGAAUCAGCUAGAGAUCUCAUUGAUAGGCUAUUGGUAAGCAAUAUCUUAACUGCCUUUAUUAGCUUCAAUAUUCUUUGA